AUGCAGAGCCAGAGAAACGAACAAACGAUACGACAAGUACCGUCCGAGGACAAUAUCCCACAGUCCCCUGUCUCGACCAGUAUUCAGCAAGACCAACCUUUGUCCUCUCCCAUCCGGACAUCAAGCCCGCUGAAGAAACUCAACACUGCACAGCCAAAUUCGGGAGGCACGGUUGCAUCUCCUAUCAAGCCUCACUAUUCGCAACACUCUGUUGCCUCUCCACCACAAAAGUUCCCUCCAAGGCAGGAUGUGGGAUACCAAGGCCUUCGUGGAGAUUCACCGGUGGAAGUUUCUUCAGUGGAUAUCUCCCCGGUGGAAGGCCCAUCUUCACCAGGUGCACCGGAAAUGACAAUGGAUCCAUCAUCGCCUGGAGGUUUCUCCGUCUCCCCGGUAUUCCCACCUUUGUCUCCAGCUGUCGAGAGUAAUGGUAGCAGGAAUCUCGAUGCAGAGAGGACAUCGUUUGACGUGGGGUCGGCCGAUACACCAACAUGGAGCGAUGCCAGCCUACGAUCCUACCUAGACGAUGAAAGCGACAUCCGCGAUCUGUUCAUCAUCGUUCAUGAUAACUCCAACGUUCCUCCUGCAGGCCCUGAUCACCCAAUCACUGGCAGCCUAUUCAAGGAGGAGAGCAAGCGACUGAAGGAAAUGAACAGCCAGUUAGAUUCGAUGCUAGCUGACUGGGUAGGCCGAAAGAUGCGGAAGUCUAUAAGCCAAUGA